AUGAAUGACGACACUCACAGUAACGACCUGACGGGUCUCCCCGGCGAAAUGCUAGAGCACAUACUCACCUUCCUCGACCCGGAGAGCCUGUUCGCCGCGUCGAGAACAUGCCGUUCUCUGAGGGGGAUCGGAGGUACGACGGCGUUUCUGCAAGAUGUGAACAAAAAGAAGAGGGUGGAGCAUGACUCGGCUGACUUUGACAAGGUCCGCCACCUGCAUGCCGUCCACGAUACUAUCACCAGCCUCCUCAAGAAUGCGUCAUGCAACGACAGCAGCGAUGAUGAGAGCGCCACCGUAAAGGACGAGGGCAACCGUGGUGCCGGUGGAGAGAAGAGCAUCAGAGAUAGCAGGAACGUAUCCCGUCUACGACAACUCAUGGCGUCCAACGAGCCCAUGGCCCAAACUUUCAUGCAGCAGUCUUCGCUGUUCGAACGCAUGAGGAAGACAGCGUGGCUAUCCUCGACGAUGUCGCGGUACGACAACACACCGACAGAGGAGCACCAGAUGUCGGCGCGGCUCCACUGCCUCUACGGACGCCCCAUACUGAAGACCGGCCGCACCCGUUCCAACAGGAGCUACCCCUACGCCUGCUCGCGGGUGUACGACAUGCGCCUCUACACGACGAACACCAUGUGGGGCCCCUUUAGGGAGGACGGGUCGAAGAGGGUGGACUGGGAGAAGGUGGAGGCCAUCAAUAUCGUGCUCUCGCACAAUGUCGGCUCGCAGUGGCCGCAGACGAAAGUGUUUGACGAUAUCUGGGACACGCCCUUCUCCGGGUCGUUUCCAAAGUCUCAAGCGCCUGUUUCUGUGCCGCGGAGCUUGGGGGACCUAGCCUCCAGGGAUCCUUACGGGGUUACCGGAGCGUGGUAUCGGGUUGUCUGCUUCCUCGACUACUCCGACUUCUUCCACUACAACUUCUCCAUGGGCGGUCUCAUCCCACACAACACCCCCCGGCAGCCGCUCAAUGUCGGUGAAGCGACGAGACUCAUCAUCAUGGAUCUGAACGUCACAAGCAUAGAGGACCCGGGACCCGAGGAUGGCCAAGGCCUGCCUAUAGUGCACUUCGAGGGGGAGUCCCGGUCGAUACACCACUCGCUCGAUAACAAUGCCAACUCUGAGCUGCGAGGCUCCGUCCGUCUGACGAGGGAGGGAGAAGUGCGGUGGACUACCGUGUCCAUCUUCCACGGACAGGAACGCUGGCGGAGCGAAGGUGUUCAGGUCGGCGGAGUACAGGACUACGACAUGCAUGGGCCUGUGGGCCCUACCGCGUUUUGGAAGGCAGCCGACGGCGAGAACCCGCGCGGAGCACUUCUCGAAGGCAUAUCGGGCGUCAUGGUGGACGCGGCUUGGCCGCAGGGUGUGCUGCCGGCGGACGAGAACGACAUGAUCUUCCUAGACGGUAAUGGCGAGGAUGACGAUGAAGACGACAGCUGGGAUGCCGAUCUGGAUCCUGUGGCUGACGAGCUGCCUGGGUUGCUGCUAGAUGCCGAGAUGGACUUGGUGGAUGUGGCGCUGCAUCAUCCUUCACCGGCGGUGUGA